AUGGUGCAUAUUCUGUUGCUAUCCAUGACAACGAUUGGAAUAUCUCAAGGAUUAUUUUUUGGUGGAGGUGGAGGAUGUGGGUGUCGACCACAGACGUGUGGAUGUGCUGCUCCGUUGCCGGUAGCGAGGAGUUAUUGUCCGCCAACUCCAUGUGGUCCCCGCCCAUUUCCCGUCUACCCAUCCUACCAACCAGUAUCCUUUCGUCCACCACCUCCAACUCUCAUCCAACAACCUUACUACGCUCAACCCCAACAAAUACCAGUCCCAAUUCAAGCCCAAUUCCACAACUCCUAUCAGCAAACUCCAGUUUUCACAAGUAGCUACAAUGCCCCAUUCAACAACAAUCAACUACCAUCUUACAUCAAUUCCCCAACUCAAAACGCGCCGAUUCAAGUGACGUCUGCUAAAGAAACCACCGCCGACUCAUUCGAUACAGUAAUCCAGAAAAGCCGCACCGACACUUCGCCAGCAAAAAACGACUUGGAUGUUGAUAAUGCCCUAUCCAACUUCGAGACUUCUCUUCAAGCCUACAAAUCCAUGAACGGUAUCCGUGGAAUUCGUCGUGCUCAGGGAGCAAAAAUCGAAAAGCCAGAGAAAUGCUCAAGUACGCGACUCCAGCAGAUCAUGGAAGAGUCAAUGUCGUCUAGCGUAUCAGUGUCAAAGCUGAAAAUCUCGCAGGGAGCCAAAAAAGAGUUUGGCUACAAUUUCGAUGUGGUCUGCAGCCAAUUCGACUUCUCGUAUCUGAUCUCUUCGAACAUUUUCUGCCGCGUCGAGCUGGAUGGACAAAUUUGUUUGGCUUAUGAGAAUUGA